ACUAUGGAUCCAGUCAAAGGUCCAUGGAGCUCCGAAGAAGACGAACUUCUGAAAAUUUUAGUUCAGAAACAUGGUGCAAGAAACUGGUCUCUAAUAAGCAAAUCUGUUCCGGGUCGGUCAGGGAAAUCGUGCCGGUUGCGUUGGUGCAACCAGCUGUCUCCACAAGUGGAGCACCGCGCGUUUACGCCUGAGGAAGAUGAGAUGAUCCUCAAGGCGCACGCGCGGUUUGGGAACAAGUGGGCGACCAUCGCCCGCUUGUUGAAUGGGAGGACAGAUAACGCGAUAAAAAAUCAUUGGAAUUCUACGCUUAAGCGCAAGUGUUCGUCAAUGGGUAGUGAUGAUUUUGGGUUUCUCGAUGGUCAAGAUUUGGUUAGUUAUCAGCCCCCUCUGAAACGGUCUGCUAGCCUCGGACCGGAUGUUAGCAAUAUUCAGUCCAGCAUCCGGUCCGAGGUAGGGUUAUUUUUUAAUAAUAACUCUAAUAGUCCUACCACAUCAGAGCUGACUGAAUAUUCCAAUAUUACUAAUAAUAAUAAUCGAGCUGAACCGGUUACCAAACCGGUCCAGGACGAUGUACCAGAUGAUAUGUUGGCUUUAACUUUGUCAUUACCCGGAUCUGCAGCAAAAGAAAAGUUGCCAGUGCCCGAGAAGGCUCCACCGGCACAGAUGCAAGCAACUGCGCCGGUGGUGCAAACGGGUGAUACGAAUUAUUCUUAUAAUUCGAAACUACUCGAGAUAAUGCAGGAGAUGGUUAAAACGGAAGUGAGGCAUUAUAUGUCAGGGAUGGAGAAAAAUGGACAGUGGUUGCAAACUGAAGCUGCCAUAAGGAAUGCUGUGUUUAAUAAUAUGGGGAUGAACAAAAUUGGAUAGUAGUAUUAGUUUUGAUGAAAAAAAAAAAAUUUUUUUUAGCUAGUCAAUGCUUAUUAUUGGUUAUGAGGUUGAAUUAAGGUACUUGAAAAGUUGGGGGUAGUUCAGAUUUAAUUUUUUUUAUAAACCAUUGUCUUGUAUAGAGAUAUGAUGAAGUCAAUUUCAUGAGUAGAGAAUUCUUUUGGACAUGGUUUAUUUUCGUUAUUAACUCUGUAGUUUUUCAAUUUAA